AUGCUAGACACUUCAACCUCUGGGAGUCAGAAAAGGGUCACCAGGGCUUGUGAUAACUGCAAGAGGUAUGCUCGACCCGUAAACACACGCUUUCAGUACAGGACUGACCAGAGUGCACAUAGUCGACGAACGAAAUGUGAAGCUGCUUCAGGUGCUGCCGUCACCGAGAGUAGUGAUAAACAAUCUUGUCAAGGCUGCAUAGAUAACGGUCUGACAUGCACUUUCGAAGCUCCCAUCCGGAAGAGAGGUCCUCAACCAGGAUCCAGAAAGAGACAAAACCCUUCUUCACCACCCACGUUGUCAUCUGGCCCUGAACACUCACGUCGGAGACAACGAUUACAAUCCGAGACGCCUGGAACGGACCAGGAUGUUCUCUUACGUCGAAGAGACCCAAUGGCUCCUGGACCAUCUAAAGCACCUUUUGUCCCUCGUCACAGGCUACAAAAGGUGCCCUUUGGUGGUGUGCCCAGCAGUCUCAUCGACCAACUAUUACCUUUAUACUUUACCCAUGUGCAUAACGUUUGGCCAAUGAUAUAUAAACCCACCUUCAAUCCACGCACCACCUCCGCUCCUCUCCUCCUUUCGAUGCUAGCAAUCGCAUCUUGUGUCACUCGGCCAGGUUCUAAUACCACUUCCCCCGCUGAAGCGAAUGACGAUGAAGGAUCAGGCUCCUUCCCCGCUGAUCGAUUAUUCCUUAUGGCGGAAACGAGCUUACGUGAAUGCCACAACGAUCAUCGAACCGAUCUGAUCCAAUCUUUACUUUUGCUAAGUCUACGUCAAACUGGCUGUGGGGACAAGCAGAGCGCUUCGAUGUAUGCCGGACGAGCAUGUUCCAUGGCUUUGAACAUGGGUUUGAAUCUCGUUCCAAUCGGUGAGACACCUACGGGUCAUCCCAGCAGCAUGGAUGCGAUAGAGUUGGAGAUCCGGUCGAGGGUGUACUGGAACACUUACGUUCUCGAUAAAACGUUAUCCGAGGAGACCGGCCGUCCGUUCCUGUUGACAUACCGAAAGACGACAACACCUUUACCGAGUAUCGAAGAACUGGAAGAAUACGAAACUUGGCCUCCUCCAAAUCUAUCCGCUACAGGUUACAUCCACCGAGAUACCCACAUCAUCCCUCGGAAGGGGUAUGUGAUGAGCUGUUUUGCCUGGACCUGUAGAUUGGGAAUGAUCGUCGAAGAUAUCUUGGACCUGGACACUUCCUGUCCUGCGCCACUCAAUGAUUGGGACAGAGAAUUUUUUGAGCGGACGCCGAUAGUGGAUGUGAACGUUAUUUCUGAUCGCUUGUCCAGGUGGAGAGAAGCCUUACCAAGUAACUUGAACGUGGACACCAAUUCAAAUCUAGCGCCCUUGCCUCAUCACGCAGUAGGUAUAGCUUGGUAUCAUACAAGCUGUAUUUUACUACAUUCACGAUUCAUCAAACGGACCAAACACGGCAACGAUCUCUCUCUUUCACCUUUGGUCGCCACAGCGGCUUCAAAUACCUACUCGCACUCCCAUUUGGCACGUCAAAUAUGUUCGGAAGCUGCUCAAGCGAACAUUGAGAUACUAUCGUGUUUGGAUAAAUACCAGUUGCUCAAGGUGGCUAGUUCUGAUGUACUACACAUGUUGAGUCUGACAGCUUUGUUUGAAGCAUUCGAGACGACCAACUCGGACAUCCAGUCUGCCAAUCUGGCGAAGACUAAUUUCGCUCAAUGUUGUAAAUGGCUGAGAGAUUUCUCCAGCUCGUGGCCUGCGGCAUCUUCGCAUCGGCUGUUCUUCGAGGGGUUGAUCAAGGGAGGACUCAAAAUGGCCACUACACCAUCCGGUCCCCUCUCCGCGCACGAACAACACUCAUCGGUGACGGCCCAAACAGGCAGAAGGGACUCAGGUCAUUCCGAUCUCCCUCUUCAACCAGAAGCGAUACCAACGCCGACUACCCCCGAUGGCCUUCGAUCCAUCCGCCGUAAUUUAUCCAUCAGCGAGGACGAGUCAAACAGGGAUGAUCAAUUGCAAAUCCUUUCGGAAACCGCCACCGCCGUAUCUGGAUUCAACCCCACCAGCACUGUCCUUGGUGGUACAAUGGGGAUCUCAUCUAGUCCCUCUGCGCUGUUCCAAUUGCCGCAAAUAUAUUGGAACAGCCUAAACACGAGUACCAAUGCUGCUUCAAACCAUGGUUCAUCAUGGGAUCCCUUGAAUAACUUCGACUUUGACUCUACGAAUGCUCUGGGAGCCGAAAUGACAACCGGCGUUAGUGUUCCGUAUGAAGAAACGCCUGCAUUGAAUACUGAGUGGCAGUUGCCUUUCAAUUCUGGAAGGGAACCUGGCCAGGAUCCUAUGCUAGCUAGCGGAUCAGACCCUAAUACGGUUGUCCAGUCUGCCCUGAUGGCGUUUAUGAUGCAAGCUGCUCGAGGAAGUCAGUGA